UGAUUGGCUUGUCUCGUUCACUCCCACUGAUUUUUAAAUCAAUGUCUAGAUCUUUAAAGGUUCAUAUAAGUCAAAGCUGUUUCAAGGGUCUGCCAUUCCAAGCAAGUCAGAAAAGCCUGCGAAGGACUGGAUAAAUAAUUAAGAACAGAGUGUUCUGAAUAUCAACACAAAGUGGAAGAGCCUUAAGCUGAAGGUACAGUAUAUUAUUUACACUGAAGGGGCUUGUGUGUGGACAAGAAAGUGCUGACAGCUCAAAUGGAUCCCAUGGAACUGAGAAAUGUCAACAUCGAACCAGAUGAUGAGAGCAGCAGCGGAGAGAGUGUUCCAGAUAGCUACAUCGGGAUAGGAAAUUCAGAAAAGGCAGCAAUGAGCAGUCAAUUUGCUAAUGAAGACGCUGAAAGUCAGAAAUUCCUGACAAAUGGAUUUUUGGCGAAAAAGAAGCUGGCAGAUUAUGGUGAUGAACAUCAUCCCGGAACCACUUCCUUCGGAAUGUCUUCAUUCAACCUGAGUAAUGCCAUCAUGGGCAGUGGGAUCCUGGGCUUGUCCUAUGCCAUGGCCAACACAGGGAUCAUACUUUUUAUAAUCAUGCUGCUUGCUGUAGCAGUAUUAUCACUGUACUCAGUUCAUCUUUUAUUAAAAACAGCCAAGGAAGGAGGAUCUUUGAUUUAUGAAAACUUAGGAGAAAAGGCAUUUGGAUGGCCGGGAAAAAUUGGAGCUUUUAUUUCCAUUACAAUGCAGAAUAUUGGAGCAAUGUCAAGCUACCUCUUUAUCAUUAAAUAUGAACUACCUGAAGUAAUCAGAGCAUUCAUGGGACUUGAAGAAAAUACUGGAGAAUGGUACCUCAAUGGCAACUACCUUGUCAUAUUUGUGUCUGUUGGAAUUAUUCUUCCACUUUCGCUCCUUAAAAAUUUAGGUUAUCUUGGCUAUACCAGUGGAUUUUCUCUUACCUGCAUGGUGUUUUUUGUUAGUGUGGUGAUUUACAAGAAAUUCCAAAUACCCUGCCCUCUGCCUGUUUUGGAUCACAGUGUUGGAAAUCUAUCAUUCAACAACACACUUCCAAUGCAUGUAGUAAUGUUACCCAACAACUCUGAGAGUUCUGAUGUGAACUUCAUGAUGGAUUACACUCAUCGCAAUCCUGCAGGGCUGGAUGAAAACCAGGCCAAGGGCUCUCUUCAUAACAGUGGCGUAGAGUAUGAAGCCCAUAGUGAUGACAAGUGUCAACCCAAAUAUUUCGUAUUCAACUCCCGGACGGCCUAUGCAAUUCCUAUCCUAGCAUUUGCUUUUGUAUGCCACCCUGAGGUCCUUCCCAUCUACAGUGAACUUAAAGAUCGGUCCCGGAGAAAAAUGCAAACAGUAUCAAAUAUUUCCAUCACGGGGAUGCUUGUCAUGUACCUGCUUGCUGGCCUUUUUGGUUACCUAACCUUCUAUGGAGAAGUUGAAGAUGAAUUGCUUCAUGCCUACAGCAAAGUGUAUACAUUCGACAUCCCCCUUCUCAUGGUUCGCCUGGCCGUCCUUGUGGCAGUAACAUUAACUGUGCCCAUUGUCCUUUUUCCAAUUCGUACAUCAGUGACUACACUGUUAUUUCCCAAAAGACCCUUCAGCUGGAUAAGACAUUUCCUGAUCGCAGCCAUGCUUAUUGCACUUAACAAUGUUCUGGUCAUCCUUGUGCCAACUAUAAAAUAUAUCUUCGGAUUCAUAGGGGCUUCUUCUGCUACUAUGCUGAUUUUUAUUCUUCCAGCAGUUUUUUAUCUUAAACUUGUCAAGAAAGAACCUCUUAGGUCACCCCAAAAAAUCGGGGCUUUAAUUUUCCUUGGGGUUGGAAUCAUCUUCAUGAUUGGAAGCAUGGCGCUCAUUAUAAUUGACUGGAUUUAUGAUCCUCCAAAUUCCAAGCAUCACUAACCCAAGGAAAAAUACUCUCUUUUUCUGUUGGAAAUGGUUGCAAGUUAUACUCCAAAAGACAUUCAAAUUAUCUUGAUUGGAAUGUUAUUCAUAGGAAAUAACAGUAAGAUUCCAAAAACGUUUACCAGUAAUAUCAGCAGGCACCUGCAGAAGAGAAUAAUCACUGUUUUGUUUUUUUUUUUCAAUAACGUCUGUGUAUGAGUUUAAAAUAAAAUCUGUGGUGUACAUUUCUACCCAGGUUUUACUAGAGCAGUGUGAGAGGAUGAAGGUGUAUUUUUGAUGCUUUACAAGCAGAAUAAGGUUAGCUGCGUGUAACAGUCAUCAGACAGUACUCUUUCACCCGCCGUCUCCUUACCCUGCACCCCCUAAAAAAAGUACCAAACAUUUGUAUUAUCAGAACAUCAAACAAAAAUGCCCUGGUGGCAAAGCUAUUGCCAUUUAAUGCCUUCUCACAGUCUUGCACCAAACACUCUGGUCUGUUUACUAACAGAGGCAAAACUUAAGUCUUAGGAACUGUUCCUGUAAGGUACAUGAAUGGUCAGACUAGAGCAUCUUAUUGUCAACAGCAAAAUGAUAUGCCCAUCCUGUUUGUGACAUUGAGUCAGUGACUUCUUCAAUGGAUUUUUGGUAAAUGUUAAAACAUUUAUAUUUAAAUGUUAAAACACUAAAUAUAGAGAGGGGCUUUAUUUAAAUCAUAGAGCAACAACAAAAAUAACCCUUAUAGCUAAACUGCCUGUUCUAGAAAGCAUCCACUUUUUCAUGUUAUUCUGAAAUCCUCUUGUCAUACUUUUGUCAUUGAACAAUGCUCUCCCUCUCGUCUUCCAUCAUUCAGAAUUUUUAGAAGACCACAAUUCAUGUGGAGAUACACUACCCAGUAUUGUUUGAUACAUUUUUAUUUCAUAAACAUUCAGUGCAGGAAACUGUGAUUUGCUAUAUGUUUAUGUAUAUAAUCUUAUUCUGUAGUCAUCAGAAUGUUAAUGUGUGGUACAUUUGAUUUUUAUUUUUUACAUAUGUAGUUUUUCUUCACAGUCAAAGCAUUUAUAUUAUUGGGGGUGGGGGCAGGGACUUAAGCUGGGGGGCUCAAAAAUCCAUCCAUAUGUUAUCUGUCUACAAAUGUCUGGGGAUAAUUUAAAUUUGAAACCUAAGUUAUAGACAGUUCGGUAAUGCUCUUCUUCAAUGUUUACAAUAAUAGGAUAAUCUACAAGAAAAUAAGUUCCCUUUUGCAAAUUAUUAUCAAUACUAAAGUUAUUAUUUUCAUUUAGCAUGUCUAAAAUAGGAUUUAGUUCAGUUUCGCUCACAUAGGUGUUUGCUGACAUUCAUUGACGAUUUAAUACAAUGUUGAGUGGUUCUCCGUAAAAGUGUAAGUGCUAACACUACAAAGGAAUGCACAUGAUCAUUCUCACUCCCUUCUGUAACAAACCUACAAAAAAUGGAUUUAAAAAUUCCUACUCACAGCCUAAAAUUUCUGGAGUUUGUUGCUUUUUUUUCAAAUUAUAGUAAGAACACUGUUGUGUAUAUUUUAGUAAAGCCAAUUAUGAAAUACAAGUAUCAUACAUGUAUGAUACUACUAAAUCACAUUUCAAUCGUUUCUCUGGACUGUGCUGGUUUUAUGCGUUAUUUUCUAGAGGCAUAAUACUGUUAAAUGGUGCACUUUUUUAUGGAAAUUGAGCAUUACUAGAAAAUAUAACUUUUGAGCUACUCUUAUUUGAAAAAAAAUCUGCCAAAUAGCAUUCACUCAUGUAAAGAGUAUAUAAAAAUAGAAAGUGGAGAAAGGUAUCUUCUGAAUGUUAAAAAAUGUUUAUUCUGAACAUAUUUACAUGUAAAUAGCAAAGAUUAACACAAAAUAUUGGAAAACUAUAAAUGCAGUGUAUAUUUUGAACGAUUUACAUUUAAAAUUACUAAUUUGAACAUAUCACUGUGUGUAAUUAUACAAAUAUUCAACAGCAAUACUAUAGUGCCAAAUAAUAAAGCACCAUUUUUUCCUCAUAACCAGGAUUAAAAUUCACAUAUACUACAGGGCAGACAUACAUAUGGUAGCUUGUGCUGACUAAUUUAACCCCUUUGUAAACAGAUGAAAAUUCUAUUUUCUUAUUUCAUUUAUAAGAUGACUCGAUGUAUUGGGAGCCUUCUUUUUUAUUACAUAAAGUGUAUAUUGGUAUAUAAUAAAUGAAGUUUUCAACUGACUCUGAUGUUUUUUUUCUGUUGUAAGAAUGUUGUGUUAUUGGUACAUGAGACAAGAUUUAAAAUCCAAAUAUUGUCUUUCUUAUAUUGGCAUAUAUUCCAUUUUCAUUGUUACCUUUGACACAUAACUAACAUCUAUAGCCAUUAUCAUGAAAAUAAUUGCCAUCUUAUUUUGGCAAUAUAUAUAUAAUAC